GAUACAUUUGCCAUGUCUGUUUGAAGACUUUGACACAACUACACUUUUCACAAUAAAUUAAAUAUAGACUACAAUCGAUUUCGUUAUUCAUGUACAGGACUUUUAUUGUGAAAUGUUUUUAAACGACGACCAGGAAGUAAAUACACCACUGCAAGUCGUCGAUUUCACGUUCACAUUGGAUUGCGUUUAACAUGUUUAAUAAAAAUCCACGCAGAAAUUUCAGGCGAAGAAAAAAUGAAUCCAGUGAUGAGGAUGAGAAUGACAAGCUUGGCGGCGGUGAUGCAGGAAAAGAAACGGAGGAAGCAGAUUCAAAGGCAGACAUGGCGCGAGGAGGGAUUUCAAACGAGUGUGACUGCAGUGAUGCUGACGAGCCCUCAGCCUCUGCGCUCCAGUCCAGAGACAUCAACCAGCAGUCGAAGAGCAGUACACUCAGCUUUCUGGACGAAAAAGACCCCACCGAGGAGAGUUUUACAGUGAAACGUUCAGUCAAAAGAGAGGUUGUGUUCCAGGCUCGGAAAAAAGAAGGUUCUUCUGCAUCUUUACCAAGCUUUCAAGUUAAGAAGAGUAAUAAGGAUGUCCGUGUGCAGUCUGACAGUGAUUCUGAUGGCUCCGCAGAAGACAUUCCUCCUGACAGCGAUGAAGGAAGCUCUUCUACCAGAUCAAGUUCAUCUGGGUCUUCAAAAGCACAAAGAGAUGCUGCAGUCAUCAUUCCUGAUGCUAGAAAGAUUCGUGCUGCCAAAGAGAAGAGGAGACAAGCCAGAGCCCAGCAAGAUUACAUCUCGCUGGAUUCACCCCACACUCCUGGAAGUGGACAGGAAGAAGGUCCGAGCAGCGGAGAACAAAACAGUGACAAUGAGCUGGACGAUCAUGAGCGCAGAAUCGAGUUCGCACCCAAACCCAAGACUCUGAGAGAGCGAAUGACUGAGAAGAUGGGGAGUGAUAGUGAUGAGAGUUUUUCUGAUAGCCAGGAGGAGGAAGACCAGCAGAUGUGGGAAGAACAGCAGAUAGGAAAAGGAGUCAAAAGACACCAAUGUUUCAAGGACCUUUCCUUGUAUUCCCAAGAAUGGCAGGCUCCUAGACCAGCCCGACAGAAGAAAAUGGACAUCCCCGAAACACUUCCACCAGUCAGUGUUGAUGUCAUUAAGAAGAGAAUCAUUGCAAAAUUAGAUUCACUGAGGGAGGUGCACAGGGCGCGCGAGGCGGAGCUUAGGAGGAUGCAACUGGAUAUGGAAAUGGCCAAGAGCUCAUUGGAAAGCCUCGAAAACCAUACCACAGAAGAGCAGCUCCGGUUCUACCGUACCAUGAAUGUGUUCUCACGGAACCUACUGGAAUGCCUGUCUGAGAAGAUGGCUUUAAUAAACUCAGUUGAGCUGGACGUGCACAGUCUCUAUAUUGACCAGGCAGAGGUGCUGUUUAGUCAAAGAAGAGAAGCACUACAAGAGGAGUCCUCACAGAUUCAGAAGUUAACCUAUAACACUGAUUCACACAGCAAUGGUGACACAGCCGGAGACUCAAACCCAGCUUGGCAGAGCUUGUCUGAAGAAGAAAUUGGGUGUGUACCGUGUGACUUGGAACCAACGGCGGAGCAGCAGGCUGAGCUACAAAGUAAAAGAGAUGAUCUACUAAAAAAGGCACAGGAAGUGUUUGCAGAUGUUCAAACAGACUUCUGGGACGUGAAGAAAAUCCUCUCCAGAUUUGAUGAGUGGCGCAUCUCCUUUCAAGACUCUUACAGUAAUGCCUAUAUUGGCCUGUGCAUCCCAAAACUCCUGGCACCUCUGAUUCGACACCAGCUUAUUGGCUGGAAUCCUCUUCAGGCAGGUGAAGACUUUGAGGCGUUGCCGUGGUAUUCUGCUGUUGAGAGGUUCUGUCACGGUCAGGGUUAUGAGGAAACGGAGAACAUGGAUAUGACGACGCUGCCCACCAUAAUUGAGAAGACAAUCCUUUCUAAAGUUCAAGGUUUUGUGGAGCUGGUAUGGGACCCUUUUUCUGCGCAGCAGUCUACAACCCUCACGACACUGUGCAAGAGAAUACAGGAGGAUUAUUCUGUAUUUUAUGGUGAACAAAGCAAACCUGUCAAGGCCUUUGUAGAAGCAGUUAUUCAGAGGUUAAGGAGUGCAGUAGACAAUGACGUCUUUGUUCCACUGUACCCAAAAAAGUUUUUAGAGCAUAAACGAUCCCCACAGUUCCAGUUUCAGAACAAACAGUUUUGGUCAGCAGUGAAGUUGCUUGGUAACAUGGCAUUAUGGGAUGGUUUGAUUCCUGAACAUAUUCUUAAAGAGCUGAUGUUGGAGAAACUUCUCGGCCGUUACUUGAUGAUAACUGUACUUAACGAAUCUGAUUCAAAACACACCAUCCAGAAAUGCAAAAAGAUUGCAGAUUGUUUUCCAAAAUCAUGGUUUAUUGAUCUGAAUACUGGAUCUUCACUACCUCAGCUGCAGAACUUCAGCAAACACCUUCUUCAAAUCGCACAUGCCUUAUUUAAGGACAACAAUGGCUCCAGCAGCACUCGGAAACUUUUAUCUGAUGUGCUGUUUGUCCUGAAGAACAUAAAGGCUCAUGACAGUAUUAGGUCUAUAACAGAAAAAUGUCAUUGUGAGGAUCUGUUAAAAGCUCUUCAGUAGCAGUCAUGUUGUGUCGGCAGGAUGUUUUGAAGGUGCCAAAUCACUUUGAUUAUAUAUAUGUAUAGUGAAUAAAAUUUUAUUUUGGUCCA